AUGCUACGGGGAGAGUGCAUGGAGCUUCCAUGCACUAGACAGCGCCAUGUCCCCAACUCCAGACGGUCACCAAGCCAGAAACGCCCUGGGCCUCGUCCUUUCGGGAGCUGGAGGCCAUCCUUGAAGAGUCAAACGUGUAACCUGAACCCAGUUUACCUAAAUGUGUGGCCCUCGGGGGUAUUCGCCUCGAUUCGCCCCAGCGGGGUCGCUCGGCCCUGCCGGAACGCCCUCUUUGUCCCCUGGCUAAGCACCCUAGUCCGUCACAGAGGCGGGGCAGGUCUCAGCGCGGUUCUCACGGGGAGGCCUGGCGACUGGCUGCGCGUCCUGCCUUUGGCGCUGGAGGGGAAGCCGGCCGGGAGCCUACUGGAUCCGCGCGGGGUCAGGCCUCUCAUCAUCGCUGCCGGGGACGCCUCAGCUCGGGAGGGGCCCGCGGGUGCCCAUGGCUUUCACGCCCCUUCAGCAGUAGCUGUCCUCGGCAGUGGCACCAGAUGUGGGCCACCGGGAGGGAUCAGCCACUCGGAUCUCUGA